GUGCCAACACAUGCCGGGGAAUCCCAUGCAGCCCCUUCCUAUCACACCAACGUCAAGUUGGCCGAUGGUGAAGAGUGGUUGUGUGAUGCUGCGUCCAAGUUGGGCCAGGAGCCAGCGCUCAUCCCGCGUGCAGCCAAUCUGAGUGUCGGUGGCGUUGGCAAGGGAGCACAGACUUGCCGCAAUGACUGUCGCAUGCCUAUGACGCUGACUCGUGCCGACGGCAGCCGUGCUGUUGGUUCGUUUUCUGGCCCUGUUGUUCAAGGCUCUGGGUGUCCUGCACUGUUGGGAUUAAAGUCCUUGCAGGAAAACCGUGCACUGCUGGAUCUGGACAAAGGCCUUAUGCGUUUUCUAGGUGAGGGUGAAGCCACGCUGGUGCUGCCACCAGGAUCUGAAACCUUUCGCUUGGAAGCCGCCAAGAGCGGCCAUCUGCUUCUGCCCAUAGACCCAGUGCCCGCAGGAGCGCCUCCCGGUGAGCACCACCUCUUCAUUGACAACGCCGUGCCUCAGAACUGCCGUGAGCCUAGCAGUGAUCUGGCUGAGCAUCAUAUGUCGACAGAGAUGCGUGAGCAAAUUCAACAUUCAGAACAGCUGUGUGCCGAAGUACUGCAGAGCUUCAGCGUCGACAGUGCUAAGCAGUGUGUAUGCAAGAUUGCGGAGCGAUGGCAAUCUGUAGUCACUCCUUCGCAGCCUCAGCGCUUUGACAGUCCUGGUGCAUCCAGCUGCUUCGGCCUUUAUGUCCACGGGGGCCAGCACGGCAUCACCUGCGCAACGCGAGAUCAGCCUCAGCUCGCGAAGGUGCUGUGUGCUCUCAUGAACAGCUUGUCUCCCGACACACCGUACACGACUCUCAUGCUGAGCGCUGAUGUUGUCUCGCCAGUGCACGUCGACAAGUUCAAUGAAGGCAUCAACACGGUGCUGCCUCUGCAUCUUCCGGCUCAUGGUGGCGGCUUGUGGCUAGAGCUACGUCUUGGGGAUAGGCCAAGCAUGCUACCCAAAGUUGGAGCCGAGGCCAUCGAGUGUGCCAACACUGCCAACACUUCCUUCACAACAUCCGCCAGUGCCACAACCAAUGCCAACACUUCCUUUACAACAUCCGCCAGUGCCACAACCAAUGCCGAUACCUCCUUCACAACAUCCACCAGUGCCACUACCAAUGCUGACACUUCCUUCACAACUCCCUCGAGUUCUUUUUCAUCUGAAACUCAGCCCAAAAGAACGCCAAGUCCUAGGGCUGCUGAUGCCAAGCCUAUGUCCAAAGGAAAGCAUCCACCUGUACGUGUAGGCUUUGUCAAGCGUGUGCUGCUGAUCACCUUGUUCCAGUCAACCGUAGCAGCCUUUAUGAGUCAACAGUGGGAGGCUAUGCGAUUGAGGCCUCUCGAGCUUGUUCGUGAUGGGUAUGAUCAUGCCCUUGCAGGAUUGAAGCAGCGCCAAUACCAAGCUGUGUGGAUUGAUCUGGCAAGCCCGCAACACUUUGCAGGUCGAGGUGACCAAGAUCGAAUGUCCCGUGUGAUGGCACGACUUGCCACUUUGAUUGACUGGGCUGUACGCCUAGAGGUCCCCGCUUUCAUAUCCUCGGGCCGCCGUAUGUAUGCACAACAUGAGUCCGUGCAGCAUUUGCUUCAGCUUCGCCAGUACCACAUCAGUUACCACAAUUGGUGCCACUGGGGUGUGAAACUUAAUCCGAACAUCACAGCCAGCGCUGCAAAACUGAAGCUUUACAGCACAAUUCCUUUUGCAAACCAUGAGUGCACUUGUGCACCCGGCACUGCGCAUGAUUACGACCUCGAUGCAAACAAAGGUGCCGCUGGUAGCGCUGCAGCCCCAUCACGUGCUGAAGAAGCGGCUAUGAAGCCGAUCGUUGCCGCUCUGAGUGCAGCACUUUGCUCCUCAGAGUCCGUAAAGUUAGCCGACCCGAUGUGCAGUUCUCAUGCAUGCCCAGAUGGUAGCUUAAGUGCCAGCAGCCGUGAUCAGGCAUACCCUGUUGCCGCGGUGAAAGCCGAGCUUCCUGUGAAUUCGCCUGCUAAUGAUGUCACCGUGACAGGCCUCUCGCCGCACACCGCCGCAGAGCCCUGUGCGCCGCAAGUCGCCUAUCCUACCGAUCAAAAGAUUCGUCAACGCCAGCAUGUCCAAGACAUGAAGGCCCAGGGGAAAGAAGUGCACGUACGAAAGAAGACGCAUGUUGUGGAGCAGCAUGCUGAUGACUGCGGUGAGUCCCUAGCAAGCCUGAUGAGCGCCGGAGCCGCAGCCUCUUCACACUUCGCAUUUAGCUCAUCAGACAACAGUGAUGAUGACUUGUCUGACUUUGUCGAUGCAAUCACAUCUUCACAGCUGAACUCCUUCGCACUUUGGGUCAAUGAGUGGGUCAGAGUGCAACUUGCCGCCUGA